AUGACGUUUGGCUUGGCUGAGAGAGAGGAGAAGCGUUGGAUGGGCCUUGGCUUGAGCAAAGCGCAGAGCCGCAGCACCCGACCGGUUUGGUCGUGCCCAGAACUUCGUGGCAAGCUUCGGACUGCUGCGCUUGGCAGACCUCGGUACUGGUGGCACAAAGGUCUGCUGGCCGCGUGCGCUCACGCACAGGUUUCGAGUUGGAUGCCUGCAGCAUUGGCAGCACCGCAUCUUCCUAGUGCUUACCCUCGUGAGGCUGUGGUGCGCAUUGGGGUUCAAUUCGAUGAGGCAGUCUGGGUCUACAUUUGCUUCACGACAUUGCUGCGCAGGCAGAGAGUCCGGAAUAGGUUUGAACUUGGAUGCGGUUGUUAUCAGAAAGCUCGACCAGCGGUUUGA